AUGCAGAAGCAUAAUCACUUUACACUCUUGAGUUUGGAUCAUGGACAAAUAUGGCUCACUUUGUUGCUUGUUAUUGCUGUCAUUCAAAUGUCACCGCCGGUGACAUGUCAACCUAUGGGACCGGAAGAUCCGACUGAGAACAACAAAUCAGUAGCAACCAUAAUGGGAAUUGUAGCUCUAAUGUUCCUCUUCUCAGGCUUUCUUUCUCUCUACUCAGCCAAAUGCAGUGAUCGUCAGCAAGGAGUUAUUUAUGACCUCACUUUACCUAACGGUGCAAAUGGUGUUAGGGCACAAAUCAACGAGCCAAGUAACGGGUUAAACCAAGAUGUCAUCGACACUUUUCCGACUUUUCGUUACUCCAACGUGAAGGGACUCAAGAUUGGGAAGAGCACUUUGGCUUGUGCUGUUUGUUUGAAUGAGUUUCAAGACGAUGAAACGCUGCGUUUAAUACCGAAAUGUAGCCAUGUUUAUCACCAUGGUUGUAUAGAUAUUUGGCUUGUUUCUCAUAAUACUUGUCCAGUUUGUCGUGCUAACCUUGUUCCGAUACCCGACGAGGAGGCUACCGAGCCUCCGAUUAUAUCCAUACAGAUACCAGAAGGAGAAUUACAUCAUCACGAAGAAGAAGAAGAAGAAAUAGAACAUGUUGUUGAAGAGGAGCUAAAGCGAGACAUAAUUGAAGUUGAAUAUUCACCAAAGAUAGAUUUGCUUCGUAGAUCCCAGACAUAUUCUGCACCAACACGGUCGAGAUCGACAGGAUUCUUAUCUUCUCUUUUGUUAUCACGGUCGAACUCGACGGGUGUGUUGGUGCAGCCAGGUGAGGAUUGUGAGAGGUUUACACUUAGGCUACCCGAUGAAGUUCGAAAUCAGAUGAUGAUGAACACGACGACGCUUAAGCGUGCGAAAAGCUGUGUGAGUUUUACGCGAAUGAGCAGUGGAAAGUGUGGUUAUAGGUCAAGAAGUUUUGGGUGUGGAAGUGGGAAUGGUCAAGUGCAGUAUGAAAGGUUUGGAAGUGAGGAGGAAGAAAAUUUAGGGUUUGUUAGGAACAAUUGGAAUAAUAAAUCUGCAAGAAAAUCUCAUAUGAAGUGUUUGGGAGUUGACAUGGAUAAUAAUGGUGAGAAGCGAUCAUAUGAUCUUUUAGGUCAUGUGUAG